UCCAUAUUUCUGCUCUCAGAGACUGCUUUACUCAGCAGUGUUCUUUUCGACCAAGUAGCCCUCCCAGCACAUCGAGCCAAGUGCUAACACCGAGCGAAGAAAGGGGUUACCAGUUGUGAAAGCAAGAUGGGAGACGUAGCCAACAGCUCUGUCGGUCACCAUGCCAAGAAUCAGCAGCAUGGAGCCAACCGGGCUGGGGGCUUCGGCUGUACGCUGCCCGAGCUCCGUUCCCUCAUGGAGCUCCGGGGGGCUGAAGCUCUGCAGAAAAUCCAGGAAACCUAUGGAGAUGUCAGUGGUCUCUGCAAGAGGUUGAAGACCUCCCCCACUGAAGGUCUGUCAGAUAAUGUCACUGACUUGGAAAAGCGGAGGCAGAUCUAUGGACAGAACUUCAUCCCUCCCAAGAAGCCAAAAACCUUUCUCCAGUUGGUGUGGGAAGCUCUCCAGGACGUCACCCUCAUCAUCCUGGAGAUUGCUGCCAUCAUCUCUCUGGGUCUCUCCUUUUAUGCACCCCCUGGAGAACAGAGUGAUGCCUGUGGGAAUGUCUCAGCUGGGGCUGAGGAUGAGGGCGAGGCAGAGGCCGGCUGGAUUGAGGGAGCAGCUAUCCUACUGUCCGUCAUCUGCGUGGUGCUGGUCACGGCCUUCAAUGAUUGGAGCAAAGAGAAACAGUUCCGUGGUCUGCAGAGCCGAAUUGAGCAAGAGCAGAAAUUCCAGGUCAUCCGGAAGGGGCAGGUCAUCCAGGUCCCUGUGGCUGAGCUUGUGGUGGGUGAUAUCGCCCAGAUCAAAUACGGUGACCUCCUGCCUGCUGAUGGAGUGCUCAUUCAGGGCAAUGACCUCAAAAUCGACGAGAGCUCCCUAACAGGAGAAUCAGAUCAUGUGCGCAAAGCAGUGGACAAAGAUCCCAUGUUGCUCUCUGGUACCCAUGUCAUGGAAGGUUCAGGAAGAAUGGUGGUCACUGCUGUCGGUGUGAACUCUCAGACUGGCAUUAUUUUUACUUUGCUUGGAGCCAGUGGGGAAGAGGAGGAAAAGAAAGAGAAGAAAGAUGAGGAUAUCGAGGCUCAGAGAGGUGCUCAUGGUCACAAAACUAGUGAGUAUUGGAGCUGGGGUAAAAUGUUCAGGCUCAGGCUGGAUGACCAUCGGAUAUGGAUGCUGUAG